CUCUUAACUACUCUAAUCUCUUGCUCUCAAUCUUUUUGUCCAAAUGAGUGCUUCUUUAGUAGUCUCCCUUCUGCUUAUGCUCUUUCUUCUUCAAGAGGCUCAAGGGAUUCGAUUGGAAAAGGGGUUCAGGCAAGUUAGAGCUCAAAAGGUUCAGGCUGAUCAGGAUAACACUUCUUUGAAGCAAAUUAGUACUGAGGUUCUUGGAGAAGUCCUUCUUUGCAAAGAAGGGCAUUGUACAAGUACCCUGAAGAAAAGAGUUUCUAGAUCAGUGUCCAAGAAAUCUUCACAUCACUGGUCACCAAGGAUUCAUGAAGAUUACUGUGGACCUAGGCAUCACAAACCGAGACACCAUUAGUUUCUCUCAUCUAGCAACAAUGACUGACUUUUAUUUCAAGUCCUUGGUGAGUACCUUUUGAAGUCUGACUUGUAUAAGAACUGAUGGAUUUUAGAGAUUUAAACC